AUGGCUGACUCUGGACGUGGUGGCCGGGGUGGUGGCCGUGGCGGCCGGGGAGGAGAUCGUGGCGGUCGUGGAGGGGAUCGUGGUGGUCGUGGAGGAGGGCGCGGAGGCGGUGACAUCCAACCCCGAGGAGGCGGCGAUGGCGGCUUUAGAGGAGACCGCGGCGGCCGUGGUGGCGGUACUGGAGGUGAUCGUGGUGGCCGUGGUGGCGGUCCUGGGGGUGAUCGUGGUGGCCGUGGUGGUGGCUUCCGAGGUGAUCGUGGAGGACGAGGCGGCUUUGACCGCGGCGGACGAGGUGGGGGUGGACGAGGUGGUUUCGGCGGUUUCAGAGACCCAUUUGAAAAUGAGUCUCAAUUCUUCGGUCAGAACAAGCCAAUUCCCCAACCCGAUCGCGGCACAACCGAGCUCGAGAAUCGCAUCGUCAAGUCUCACCAGUCUCAGGACACCGACCUCGUCAAAAACAUGAGCUCGAUGACGCUCAUUGAAGCGAACUCGGCCGCACUCAUGCCCCGUCGUCCUGCUUACGGCACCAAAGGCAACAAGGUCAUCCUGUGGGCCAACUACUUCCACCUCACCGUCAAUCCUGACGCCGUUUGGCGGUACAAUCUUGAAGUCCGCAAGGGCGAAUCCAAGGAGAAGGAGUCUACACCCAAGGGCAAGGGCAAGGGAAAGGAGAAGGCCCAGCCCGGAGGUGGUGGCAGCAGUAGCGGCGGCGGCGGCGGCGGCGAUGGCCCUCCAUCUUCCAUCCCGGCUCGCAAGUUGAAGAUCAUUCUGCAAGCUGCUCUCGAAGAGUUGAAGAACCUUGAGCCAAACGCCAUUCUCGCCACCGAGUUCAAAAGCCAGCUCGUCUCUCUGAAGAAGCUCAAGCUGGCCGUCAACCCCAUCAAGGUCAUCUUCAGGCAGGAGAAUUCCGACAGGUCGGAGAGCUACCUGGUGAAGAUCGUUGGCGAAACAGCAGCUCCAUUGAAGGAAAUGAAGGAGUAUCUUCAGACCAUGGUCGACAAGAGCGACCCGGAUGAAGCCAACUUCCCUAGAUUUGCAGCCUCUGUUGACGCUCUCGGUGUCAUUCUCGGCUACACUCCCCGUAAGAACGACCAGGUCACUGCUAUUGGCAAGGGCCGGUUCUUCCCUUGGGGUCAAGGAUCUACCAGUCACCAGCUUGGUCAACAGGAUCCUCUCACAGCCAUUAGAGGGUACUUCCAGAGCGUGAAACUGGGCACAGGGUCAAUGCUCUUGAACGUCAACGUCACCCAUGGUGUCUUUAAGAUGCCCGUCAGUAUUCGAGACCUUUGUCUUUGGUCUCAGGUCAAUGUCUUCCAAAGGAGCCCCGCAGAUGCCACACGGAACAUCACCAGACUUCGCGCCUUAUCCAAGUUUCUGGCUCGCACUCGUGUCGAGAUCAAGUUCAAGGAUGCAAAGGGGCAAGAGAUCACCCGUAAGAAGACGAUCCUCGGCCUUGCAUACAGAGGAGACUUCAGAAGCAAUGAUGCCAGAAUUGCGGAUCCAUGGCACUAUGGUGGUCCUCGCCAGGUGUCCUUCAGGAUGGAGCCAGCAGACGGACAAAGGACUGUGAUGAACAACAGACCGCCAGGCAUGUACACAGUCGAGCAAUACUGGACUUGGAAGUACGGCACAGCUCCCGAUCUCACCUUGCCUCUCGUCAACCUUGGAACCCGCGAAAAGCCAACAUUCUUCCCAGCUGAGCAGUGCACCAUCAUUCCCGGCCAAGCUGUUCGCGCAAAGCUCAACGGCCAGGAGACGACAGAGAUGCUUAAUUUUGCUUGUCGAUCCCCCUUUAGCAACGCAAUCUCCCUCACUUUCGAUAGCUGCAAAGCUCUGGGCCUCGACAGCGAGGUUGUCAAGGACUUUGGCGUCAAGGUGGACAAGAAUCUCUUGACCGUCCACGGCCGCGAGCUGAUUGCGCCUAAUAUCGCGUAUGCGAACAGGAACGUCACCGCUUCAAAAGGCUCGUGGAACAUGAUUGAAGUCAAGUUUGCCAGGCCGGGACCCAACAUCAGCCAGUGGACGUGGGUGCGUAUCAAAGACCGCUACUCGAGGAACCAGAUCAGCGACGUGCGCAAAAUCGUUGGCAACUUCAAUGAGUUCCUCAAGACGAGCGGCAUGAGCAUCUCGGAGAAACCCCUUCCGCUUGAUGAUCAUGAGCGCGAGAUUGAUGACAAUCUGGGCACAAUCGAAAGGUAUUUCACGUGGAUGGACGGGCGGCUGCAGCAACGGACCAAGGGUGUCUUCGUCCUCGUCGUCCUUCCCAGGCAGGAUACCGCAUUGUACGGCAAAGUCAAGAAACUUGCAGACACAAGAUUCGGCUUCCACUCUGUGUGCGUUGUGGAGAAAACCUUCAUGAAGGACAACAAGCAGACCUACGCCAAUGUCGGUCUCAAGUGGAAUCUGAAGAAUGGUGGCGUCAAUCACAUCGUCAAGGAUCCUAUUGACAUUGUCAAUCAGGGGAAGACAAUGAUCGUUGGCUACGACGUCACUCACCCGACCAACAUGCCAAACGACAAAAACGCCGCACCCAGUCUGGUCGGCUUGGUCGCCAGCGUUGACAAGGACAUGGGUCAAUGGCCGGGCGUCGCUUGGGAACAGGACAGUCGCCAGGAAAUGCUUGGUGACGAGCUGAUCGCCCACUUCAAGCGUCGCCUCGAGCUCUGGAGAGCGCGCAACAAGGGCAACCUCCCGGAAUACAUCGUCAUCUACCGUGAUGGUGUGUCUGAGGGUCAGUUCACGCAAGUUCUCGAUAUUGAGCUGCCCAUGAUCCGUCAAGCCUGUGCCGCGAUGUACGGUAACCGCAGGCCCAAGAUCUCGAUCAUUGUGUCUGUCAAGCGCCACCAGACUCGAUUCUAUCCGACCUCGGAGGCUAAUAUGGAUCCCAAGUCGCGCAACAUCAAGAAUGGCACGGUUGUUGAUCGUGGAAUCACUCAAGCGCGUUACUGGGACUUCUUCCUUACAGCUCACACUGCCUUGAAGGGUACUGCCCGCCCGGCGCACUACACGGUGCUCUUGGACGAAAUUUUCCGCGAUAAGUAUGGUGUUGGCGACAGAGCAGCGGAUAACCUGGAGAAGCUCACCCACGACCUUUGCUACUCGUUUGGUCGAGCGACUAAAGCCGUCAGCAUCUGCCCCCCGGCCUACUACGCAGACAUUGUGUGCGAGAGAGCUCGUGUCCACCGACCUGAGCACUUCGAUGCGUCGGAAGCGUCAGAGACUGGCAGUACCGUUGGCGCUCCGUCGACUUCGAGCGUCAGCGUGCACGAGAACUUGAAGGACACAAUGUACUACAUAUGA